CUCCAAAGUAAAAGUGACAGCUAAUCUAUUCCCUUGGAUUCUCAAAACCCACCCACGACCACACCACAGUAUGCCCAUCCCCUCCGCUGCAGUGAUAGUCUGGCGGUCGUCCUCCUCCCCAACCCGAUAAACGAUAGUCGUACCCCCAGUGCGCAACACGCGAAGUCGCACGAACAUGUACAUCCUCCCCCUCCUAGGAUACCUAGGCCUAGUCCUAGGCUUCGGCUUCCUCACCCUCAGCAUCGCAUCGGGCCUCUACUACCUCUCCGAACUGGUCGAAGAAUAUAGCGUCUUCUCAGCCAAACUCCUCCAGCGGCUGAUCUACUGCGUUGUUGCCGCUCAAGUCCUCCUCUGGCUAGUCGACGGGUUCCCAUGGUACCUUACUCUCCUCGGAGUCGCCAGCCACGGUGUCUACGCAACGAAUCUGCGGCACUUCCCCAUCGUUAAACUCUCCGACCCGUUCUUCAUCGCGAGUUGCGUCCUGGUCAUUGUCAAUCAUUGGCUGUGGUUCCGACAUUUCAGCGCCCCUACAGGGUAUAGAGGGAUUCCCAGUAGUAGGAGGGAUUGGUAUUCGACACCGGCGUACGACCAGCCUACAUUUACUGAGAUCGCGUCGUAUUUCGGGCUGUGUGUCUGGUUCGUGCCGUUUGCCCUGUUUGUCAGUCUGAGCGCUGGGGAGAACGUCUUGCCGAGUAUGGGGUCGGAGUACGCGACGGGAGAAAGAGAAGGUGUUGGGUUUGCAAAAGGCCACAGGAGGAAGAAUACUCAUACUGGCAUGGCGAAAGCUGCUGUCGAUGGUGCAAGAGAAUGGGUUACCGAGACAGGUGCAGUUAUGGGUCUGUGGCAGGCAGAUAACGUGCGAAGGACUAGGGGUUUUGAUUGAACAAAUGAAGUACGGACAGAGUUUUACCAAGUUUAGGGUCACAGCCAGUAUAGCAGCUAGACGGAUUUUUCUCACAUGAUGUGACCAAGUGCCAAUGUUCUGGACAACGAUGGCAACGGAGCUGGUCAGCAGAAUGUGAAGCUGGUAACUGGAGAAUACAUCACGCUGUUCAGGAACUGCUUGACUCUGCUGGUGAGGACUGGCCCAUCUCUUUCGACACAACUCGCAUACUGGGUACAGC